GAAGAUAACGUAGGGAUGGGCUGUUUCGGCUUCUCGAGGAAAGACAAGGCGAAACAGAAGAAGAAGCCGUCAUCAAUGGCUUCCACGACGGCAAAGAAGGAGCCGGUAUCGAAACCACCGGCGAAAUCGGCAUCGAUCGCUCAGAGAUGGAGAGAUCUGAGCGGUCAAAGUCACUGGAACGGCUUAUUGGAGCCGUUGGAUUUGGAUUUGAGGCAAUACAUUGUCCACUACGGCGAGAUGGUUCAAGCUGCUUACGACACUUUCAACUCGUGCACCGAAUCCCAAUACGCCGGUUCCAGCAUUUACUCCCGGCAAGAUUUCUUCUCCAAGGUGGGCAUAGUGAAUGGCAACCCAUAUUGCAAGUACCAAGUGACCAAGUUCUUGUACGCAACGUCGGAAGCCCGCAUGCCAGGUGCAUUCAUGGUGUUCCCGGCGUCAGGACAGGGGUGGACCAAGCAGUCUAACUGGAUCGGCUACGUGGCCGUGGCUACCAAUGAUGGCACGGCCGUUCUUGGUCGGAGAGACAUCGUUGUCGCAUGGAGAGGGACCAUCGAGACAACGGAAUGGAUCGACGAUUUUGACUUCGGUCUGGUCGAUGGGAGUAAGAUCUUUGCAGGGAAGAGCAAGCCAAUCAAGGUGCACCGUGGAUGGUUGUCCAUCUAUACUUCUUACGACACUCGUUCAAAGUUCAAUAAGAUCUGCGCCAGGGACCAGUUAUUGCAAGAAAUAAGCAGAUUGGUGGAGUUGUACAAGGACGAGGACAUUAGCAUUACCGUCUGCGGUCAUAGCCUCGGGGCGGCCCUUGCCACGCUCAGUGCGACGGAUAUUGUCUUCAAUGGAUACAACAAACCAAAGGGCCGUCCAGACAAGGCUUGUCCGGUCACCGCCUUCCCCUUUGCUUGUCCUCGUGUCGGCGCAUCCGAUUUCAAGAACCUGUUCUCCGGACUGGACAAUCUCCGGGCAUUACGUACGAAAAAUCUGCCGGACGUGGUAUGUGCCUACCCGAUGGUGGGAUACUCAGACGUGGGAGAUGAGCUGGCCAUAGACACGAGAAAGUCUCCGUACCUCAAGUCUCCAGGAAACGUCACGACGUUUCACAGUAUGGAGCAUUACAUGCAUGGCGUUGCGGGGACACAUGGCACUAAAGGAGAGUUCAGGCUCGAGAUCAACCGCGAUAUCUCUCUCGUCAACAAAAACACCGACAGUUUGAAAGAUGAGCAUAUGGUCCCUGAUCACUGGAGGGUGCUCAAGAACAAAGGUAUGGUUCAACAAGGUGAUGGCUCCUGGAAGUUGAUGGAUCACGAGCCGGACGAUGGCGAUGGUCAGUAGUUUGAUUUCAGGGUUUUGUCGAAUUCGAUAAGGUUUCUAUUGGAUUCAUCUUCGUUUGGUAAUCAUUUCAAAUUUUGAUUCGUUCGUUUAGUAAGAUUUGCCUGGCUUUCCCUUUUUUUCUUUAGCAUUUUUGUUCCAAGUUUAGUUCUUUAUUUUUCUUUGUAUUUGAGUUUGGAGAUGAACAA